GUUAGCCUUGCAUAUGCAUAUGAAACAAAGGACGAUUUAUGCUUAGUUUUGACGCUUAUGAACGGAGGUGAUCUGAAGUUUCACUUAUAUAAUUUAAUACCUGGUGGAUUUGAAGAAAAACGUGUGCAGUUUUACGCUGCUGAAAUUACUUUGGCCUUGCAACAUUUACACAAGGAGCAUAUUAUUUACAGGGACCUAAAACCAGAAAAUAUUCUUCUUGAUGAUUAUGGGCAUGUCCGAAUAUCUGACUUAGGACUUGCAGUUGAGUUAAGAGAUAAUGAACCCAUAAAAGGACGUGUUGGCACAGUUGGUUAUAUGGGUGAGUCAGUUUUAAAGUUAUUUUAUUGUCGGAUGAGAUAUUACUGUAAGACGCAAUUAUGUGAACAAUCAGAAGCUGUUAUGGAAUAA